AUGGGUAAUUGUGAGACAAGCAACACAGUUAUAGGUGAUCCACAAUUUUAAUAAAUUGGAAGUGGAGCUGAAGCAAGAAACUUUAGUUCUACUUAUAAAAGUGAAUAUGUUGAGGUACACGGUAAUCUCGCAGUUGUUGAGGAACAAGAAGAAGGUGGUUUAGUCCUUUUGGAUGAACCUGCAAAAGAACAAGACCUUAUAAAAGUGAAGAUUUGUUGUGAUACCAUAUAAACAGUAAAAUUCAUUAUUAUUACAGAGCAUCGGAAUUGGGAUAGUGGAUUUCGAUAUUGUCAAAGAAACCGAUUUUUCAGGAAAUUGCAAUUAUGGAUUAGACCAUGGAAUGUGGAUUGUUUAUUCAGACAAAUGUAAAUCAUCCAUAUAAUUUAAGUGGUUGCUGCCUCAAACGAUGAGAAUCUUGAUAAGAAAUCUCUAGGAAUCGAAGUAAAAUAAGGAGAGAUUAUCGAAUGUAUAAGAAAUGGAGAUGCAUUCACAAUUAGAAAAGCUGGUGAAAAUAAUAAAUAAAUUACCUUCAAAUUACCUCCUAAUAAAAAUUACAGAUUUGCUGCAUAUUUGUUUAGUGGUUGGGACAGUAAAGAAGCAAAAGUAUCCGAGGCUAGAAUUGAAACAUUGUGA